GGUGUGCCUCAGCAGGAUUUAAUGUGAGAACUAAAGCAAGUGUUAUUCUGCAGAUAAAAACAAAGUGGAUGUGCACCACAUUACAUCUCGUCACUGCACUACCAACAUGCCGAAGACGCUAUUCCUUUUGAUUAUCUGUAUGGCUGUGGCGGUACAGAGCAUUCCUGCUCCCGGCCAUGGCGGCGUGUGUAACAACGCCUCACACUGCAAUGACGACGAGUGCUGCGUAUCUCUCCUGCAACCCAUAGGGAGGAAGAGGUCGUUAAGUCAACUCGGAAUGUGCUCGAAACUGGGCACAAGCGGAUCUUGGUGUGACCCGUCUUCUCUGUCUGGCCAGCCACAGGCGAUGGUUUUGGAGUGUCCCUGUGCCCCGGGGUUCAAGUGCAUUCCUCAGGGUUGGUCUGGGGGCAUUGUUGUACCGGUAUUGCAUGAGCCAGGUCGAUGUACCAGUAGUGGUGGUAAUUAAUAUAGAAAAAAUUCAUUUCGUCUAGGUGGCAAUUUUGCAAAAGUAAUACUUCGACAGUUUUAUUCCAGACAAUAUCUAAGGAAAAAAAAAACGAUUGCAAAAUUUGGUCACAACGAAAGAGCUGAAAAAGCAUUAAAAUGUAUAAAAAAGAACUGUUCAUUACCUUAGUAUGCCUUCGUGUUACUCAUGCAAUUUAAAUAAAAGUAAGUUCUACAGCUGUAGUAUAAAAUAACUAACGAGAAUUUAAAAACAAGGCACUUUAUGCUAAAACGUUGAUAAGAUAGUGAAAAUAAGGAUUUAUGAAGUGAAAAAUAAAUAUCACCCAGA